UCUUGCCGCAUUCCACAGAGUCGAAGCGGCGGCGCGCCCCACGCGCGUGCCUUCGCCGACCCACGCGACCGCUUCGCUUCACUCAGUCGUCCUAACGCGCCCAUGGACUUCGUGCGCCUCGACGUGAAACUUUGCAGUGCGCGCCGUUCAAUUGUGAGAUCGCGCGACACACAGUGAAGUGAAGUGCCAAUGGAUGCGGUUUACGGAGUUUAGUGCACGUGCGUUCAGCGGCUUUGUAUUUGUCUAUUCAUGAGAACGUAACAGUGGUAUCGAGAUGCGACAUGCGUGCUCUAUGUUCGGUUCGCGGGCCGUUGGGCGGAGAGACACGCGCGCUCGGCGCGGGCGCACGUGUCCUCUCCCUUCGCAUGCCUUGCCAUACACAACCGCUUCACUUCGUAGUCGAAGCCAAAUCAAAGGUCAAAGAGCUCAAAACUUUGGCCAAUGCCCAUGCCCAGUUACAAGGCAUGACCGACGCCGAUCUCUUCGGACUAGCUAUUUUGCAGAAUGGAGAAUAUUUGUUUGUUGACUUAGAAAGCAAACUUUCAAAAUAUGCACCAAAGAGUUGGAGAUCAUCACACACCCAUGGCUUGGAUGCGAAUGGGAAACCACUUCUUGAAUUACACCUAGUCGUACAAUUCCAUGUCGAGAGUCCAUUACUUCUUCAUGAUGAGGUUGGACGUCGACUGUACUUUCUUCAGCUACGUCACAAUGUACGAACUAGAGACGUACUACCUCCUGAAUUAGUACUUUUACUUACGGGACUGGCAUUACAAGCUGAAUAUGGAGACGCAGAUGCAUAUGAAGAUAGAGAUUAUUUCAAAGUUGAAGAAUAUGCCCCUGCAUCACUCACCGGUGACUGGGUUGCAACGGCCAUGCGCGCAUGUCAUCGCGAACAUAGGGGUCUGUCAAAAUCCGAUGCAGAAACUAGAUACAUACGGGAAGUUUGUUUACUUUCUGACACCAUUAACUCACAUCGGUAUCGACUGAAACAAUCUAAAACUGAGUCAGAACCGGGAACAGUUUGGUUACUUGUUACAGCUAAAGGAAUAAAGAUUCUACCAGACAAUGGUCACUUGUCAAAUUUUAUAUGGAGCGCAAUUGGAAAAUUAAGUUUUGAUAGAAAGAAAUUUGAGAUUAGAACAGAAGAUGGCAAACUCACACUGUUCUCAGCAAGUGAAGAAAAAUGCAAAUAUCUAUUUGCUUUAUGCAAAGAAACUCACCAGUUUUCAAUGAAAAUUGCAUCAAAACUCAAUGAAAUCAUACGGAAAGAAGAAAAUGAGCGUAAAGCUUGUUUCGGCUAUUCAAAAUCUUUCAAUCUCCAAUGUAACCAAAAUAAAAGCGAACAAAGAAUAUCAGUUAUUUCUACUACAAGUUCAAACACAACUUCCGGAAUCGUUAGCGACAGAGUGCAAUCGGAAGAUGAGUUAGAAAUAAUGAUCGAUUCUCCACCAGCACCAUCUACAGAAAGCUUAGCUUUUGCACACUUGCUCGAUAGUUCAAACUCAUACUUUAUUAGACACAUAACUCAAGAUAACCAGCCACUGAGUAAAUCAUCGUCAUUACAUCUGCAGAGAUCAAAAGUUAAAAUGAAGAAAAAUAAAGAAGACCCUGAAAAUAUUACUAGAAAUGACAUUCCAAUAUCAGAGACAAGCCAACAUUCCACAAUUCAAAAAGAAGAUACAAUGUCUCUACCUGAUAAAAGCGGUAUAGAAAGCUUAACUGAUAGUCCGAAUUCCAGUAAACUUAAGUGUACAGGAUCGCAAUGUUCCUCUUCUUGUAGUACAGUAAUAAUGGCGCGAGCAGGUCUCAGCGCACUAAGCAGGGCAUCUAACGCUAGCAGCUUAGAACUUGGAUACAGCCACACUGCUCAAAACUCCAUGAUAAGUGAUAAUAGCACCGUUGGAAUUGAUGUAGAGUAUUCUCAAGACACAGCUUCUGCAUUAUAUGAUGGGUUGGGCCAGCCAGUCACGGUAGCUGCCUCAAGUGAAACAAGUGGAGUUUACACAAUGAGCAGUUCAGAGCUGACAGCACGAUCAAAAAUAGAUGUAUUAUCAGAAGACAGUCACAGUUCUCAUUAUGACUGUUAUAAACAAUCUAAAGAAAAUGACCUUGCUGAUUUUGAUAGUGUAUCAUCCAUACUAAAAAAUAAAUUAGAAAGAGCUAGUCAUUCAACGGCCAGAUUACAGAUGCCUAUAACAAGUUCAGAUUGCGUUGAUGGUGUGAAUAAUUUUUCCACUCAAAAACAUGACAAAGAGAACAUGUUAUUUAGAGAAAGAACAAAUUCCAACGUAAGUGCAGUAUCAUUCCAUGGUGACGGCAGUGACCCUACAGAUAAUAAACACAAUUUACUAACUGCAAGUGAAUUAAGUGAUUUAAUAGUUGGAAGAGGAGUGUACCCAAAAAAGCAGUCGGUAAGCGACACUUUAGACUCCGUUUCAGAUUAUGUCAGAUUGCCUCUGCAGUUUUCAGGUGAUAGUUACCUACCAGGUCACGAAGAUACCGCACCUUCAGACGAUCACUAUCCCAAUGACCAAUUUUUUGAUCGUCCACCGACACCACCAACAAGAAUAGAUAGUAGAAAAUUGUUGAAUUUAUCAUUACCUAACAUUUUAGACUUUGACGUAGCCACAGUCAUGGGACCUCCAUUUCCAAGUAAACCUCCGCCUCCUUAUGAAUAUAAUCACAAAACAAUCUCAUCAAAUUUAAAUAUUCCUUUGAAAGCACCGCCAGCCUAUCCAGGCACGCCGUCUGCUACUAUGACUAAACAUAAAAGUGAUAAAGAAGAAGUGGCAGCAAGAAUGGUGACAUCGAAACCCAUGAUUACAAUAUUAAAAGCGGAGACGGGAGAUGUGAACGCCUCUAGUGAGAGAACAUUUGCGAGUCCUAUGAUUUUAGAGCAUAGAUUCCAAAAAUCUAAGAGGCACCAAGCAUCAAGUCGUCGGGCAGAACGAUCAAAACUAGCACAAGGGAUUAGCCAUAAUCUUUCGCCUUCCAGAGAACUACCACCUCACGGCAUAGACUCCAAUGUAUUGGUGGCGAUGAUGAAAUUACCGCCGCCGCCUCCUCCGCCAAGACGCACUCGGUUGCCGCCACCGCCACCAGUUACACGCAUGCCACCUCCACCACCACCACACAAUCCAAUGUUUCAACAGCAACUGUAUAGUGAUGUUGACUACGUUUAUUAUCCUUUACAAGAUCCUGCCAUUUCUCAACAAAAUUAUUUAGAUCAUAAAUUUACUGAAACAAGAAUAUCAAACAUUCACAAGACUGGUGUACAAUAUAGAAGCACACCAUAUCUGUCAACAUCUAUGUCUGCCUCAUCUGUAUAUGGAUCCAUACAGAACCUAUCAGAUUCGUACAUCCAGUUACCCGGAACGCGAGCCAGCUGGUACUCGCUAACAAGCAGAACAUCACUAAGCAACCAUUCCAUAAAUCUCGACCGGCCUACAAUGCCAUCGCGUAUACCAGACAUUCCACACUUCUCGAAAACAAAAUCGGACCAGAACAUUUUGCACUGCAAAGAUCCUCCGCCUAUUAAAAUGCGAAGAAUGCCGCCUCCGCCGCCGCCACCGUACGAGCACAAGAAAAAACUUCCAUCUCCAUUAAAAGAAAUGAAAAUAUCGUAUAGUAGUACAAAUGUUAACUGUGAAGUGAAUGUGAAUAGGGCCAAAGGCUCUAAUUGUGAUUUAGACAUUAAAACUCUACGAGAAAAAAGCAAAAACUUAGACUUGCCUCUUAUAGCGGCACUGUGUAAUGAUCGCUCAUUAUUAAAACAAACUAAAGCAUUUGGUGCUCCAAGAUUGUCUAAACAGACAGGUAGUGACUGUGAAAAUGAACGUAAAUGUGUCAAGUCUGUAGUUAACGCCACCGAAAAUGUAGAUUUUAAGAAUAAACAAGAAUGUAAUGCUAGGAGGGUAACGACGGGAUCUCAGAAAAAGAUAUUGAUACGAAAUCCUACAGACAAGCUUCCGGCAUUGCCUGUUUCUGAAGCUCACACACCUCGAGCCUUGUCCAACACAUACGUCACACAUCCUGCUGUAGUUAAAAGUAAAAAAACACAACCUAGUUCAUGACAUCAUGAUAAUUACAUCUCAUUUACUACUUGUGAAUCCUUCCAGUGCUAUGAUCUUUCAUCCACCGAUUUUUGUUUUAAAAAGACUGAUAUUAAUUUUCAUCAGAACAUAAUAACUGGGUCCACAUUUUGUAUUUAUUCUAUAAAUUAUAUAACUGCAUCAAAUAUCUCUAGUUAUUGGGCAUACAAAUUGUAUAUCCACUAUGAUGACGAUAAGUGCAUAGUAAAUACAAUAAUGUUUCAAAUAGUGUUCAGAUGUAGCGGACCUAAAAAUGUGGACUCAAUUAUUGUAAACAGACUUAAAAUUACAUUAUACAUAGUUAUUAUAUACUUCUGCUAUUACAUACUACCAAACUUUUAAAAUAUGUGGUUUUACUGUCAAAUGCUAAGUGUUCUUUAGAAUAGAAUGUGUCCAGAGGAUAUCUACCAACCCAAACAUUCCUGUAAACAGUUGUUAUAUCCUCGCAAAAACGACGUUAUUACAGGUUUAGGAAAUAAGUGCACCUUUGGAUAAACGAUAUUUGCUCAUAACAUAACUAAAUCCUUGGGAUUAUAAAACUAUUGAAAUAUUCAGCAUCACAGUUAAAUUAUGUUAGAUUUGUGACUAGAUUAACUUAGGUCAUCACCACAUGAAUUUCAUAUAUUUAUUUCUGUAAAAAGUCAAAGACUUCAGUGUUUGAUUUUCACUAAUGUUAGGUUACCGCAAAUGUUCGCUGCCUAUGCAUAAAAUUUUACAAGUCGUCAAAUUCAUUAUAAAAUAGUGAAUUGAAUGUAGGAUACAAAAUUUUAAUUGUGUAAAGUAAAAGACUCGCUUGAUUUUAGUGUGACCCGAGAUAUACUUAUAAUCAGGGGGACUUAUUCCGUCUACGGGGGUAUAUCCGUCUUCGGGGGUAUAUCCGUCUUUUUACCAUUACGAACAUACUUAUCGAAGGGCAGCUUUGAUGAUCAUAUAGCCAGUAAAGUUAAAAAGUCACCUAGUUAUCUAUACAGCAAUCAAACCUGUCCUACGAUAAGAACUCCCGUAAUUGCAAAAAGGAGGAGCACCCCCCCCCCCCCAGACGGAAAAGGGCACUCUGACUAUAGCUGUAAUUUCGAAACAGACCUGAGCAUAAUUGUUUAAGAAAUGAUAAAAGUGUAAUAAUGUCGUCAAUUAUUUAUUUAUCUUAAAAACAUAAUGUGUACAUAAUAAUACCUAAUAUACUAAGUACAUAAUAAUUGGAUAACAAUAUGUACAAAUGUAUAUUAAACUUUUUAUAACCAUAA